AUGACAGAAAAUACGAGAUCUCUCAGAAAAUUUUUUCUUUAUAAGUGUCUGUUUGCAUUAACUUUUUGGACCCAUGUCAACCUAGCUGUGGCAAAUGAACUCUAUAGAUCUCUUUUCAACAAUUUUCCAGAAGAUGGUUUUGACAAAAAGAUCCAGAGACUGCCACUCCUGUAUACAAACAGUCAUCAGGCCAAAGAUAAUUUUGACUGGGUUGUGAUACAAAAUACUACAGAAAGCCUGUCAUUGUCAGAAAUCACAAAUAACAAUGCACAAAAAUUAAAGACUUUAGUAUCCAGUUUCAAACAAGGCUCCAGGUUACAAAAUCUGACACUGACAAAUGUGUCGGUGGACUGGCUUGUUCUUAUUGCCAUUUUUCAGACGGUAUGGAAAUCAUCCGUUGAAUACUUAAGCAUGAACAGUGUAACGGCAUUGUCGGACAUCGAAAGCUAUGACUUUGACUACUCAGGUACCUCUAUGAAAGCACUGACAAUGAAGAAGUUUUUAAUCACAGAUCUGUACUUCUCACAGGAUGACCUAUACAAAAUAUUUGCAAAUAUGAAUAUUGAAGCCUUGACAGUAGCGGAAUCAGAGAUGAUACAUAUGCUGUGCCCUUCAUCUGACAGUCUCUUUAGAUAUUUAAAUUUUUUAAAGAAUGAUUUAACAGAUCUUCUUUUUCAAAAAUGUGACAAAUUAAUUCAACUGGAGACAUUAAUCUUGCAGAAGAAUAAAUUUGAGAGCCUU